UCUGUUGGAACCUAUGGGAGCCGCAUCCCAUUGUGACGCGUGGGGUUCUGUUAAAUUGUUACUGAGCAGGAGAAUGCAUGAACCCUGAGAGUGGAAGGAGACAGGAGGUGGGGGGAGUGAGUGAGGCAGGAAUAUAAAAAAAAAAAAAAAAAAAAAGCGUCUCAUAUACAGCUUUGUCUGAGAUUUCAUCACAGACUCUUUAUGACAGAGGAUGAAUGCGUUGGGGAUAUUGAGAGAGACAAAGCACCUGGUGCCCACUUGAUUCCUAUUCCCUUAUGCGUGUGGCAGAGGGGAGCUGGCAUGCAGUUGAGAUAGGAGCAGGAUUCAGUGCUGCCUUGGAGUGUAAGGCUGGGGCUUUAUCUUCUAUAAGUUUGCCAAAGCAGGGAAAGUGUGCUGCUGCAGACACAGGAGGGGCAUUGUAUAGUACAAGCAGUGUGGGGAGGUCCCAGACUAUUGCUGUCUGUGAUGAAGACAGGCACACAGUGAGAGCUGCAGGAGACGCACUCAGUGCUACCUGCCUGAGCUCUCUCUCUCUCUAUUACUGGACCACUCGUCUCCUUCCUCCACUAGCUCUGCCUUGGCAAUGACAGCUGUCGCCUACAUGGACUUCGUUGCUGCUCAGUGUCUGGUGUCUAUUUCUAACCGUAACGUGGAUCAGCAGCCUGAGGGACAGGAGGUGAGGGCAUCCCCUUGCCUGGAGAACCCAGCAGCAGCACCUGCAGACUCUGCAAUGCACCUGAGGAAGGUGCCAGAGCAGGAGCCAAGCCUUCACCUGAGGACCAUGCCUGAGCAAGGAGUGAGCAAGGAGCUCCACGAAGGACCAGGGGAAGCAUGGAAGGAUUACUGCACCUUGCUAACUAUAGCGAAAAGCCUGCUGGAGUUAAAUAAGUACCGUCCCCUGCCUUCCCCUGUCUAUAGUCACAGCGAUGAGGAGCUGAGCUCGGACAGUGACCUCACCACGGAGUCCGGCCUCAGCUUCAGCCCAUCUUAUAGCCCGGGGAGCUCUACCCCCAGCCAUAUGGACUACAGCCCUGAACCCGGCUCCACGCAGCCACUCCCACUCGACCAGGACACACCCAGCUCCCCACCAGCCCCAGCCCCUGCCAGGUCCACCAAUGAAAAGAGGCACAGGUGCCCCUAUGCUGGAUGUGGCAAAGUGUAUGGCAAGUCCUCACACCUCAAAGCCCAUUACAGAGUCCAUACAGGUGAACGUCCUUUUCCGUGUACGUGGCCUGACUGCCUUAAAAAGUUCUCUCGUUCUGAUGAGCUGACCCGCCAUUAUCGGACACACACGGGUGAGAAGCAGUUCCGAUGCCCUCUAUGCGAGAAGAGGUUCAUGAGGAGUGACCACUUAACAAAGCAUGCACGCCGCCACACCGAUUUUCACCCCAGCAUGAUCAAAAGGUCCAAAAGGUCUAACUCUACUUUCGUCUGAGUGCAUAGUCUGAGUAAGAAAGCUGCUGUACAUAUCACCUUUUUGCAUCUUUUCAGAGGAAAUGUAACAGUCCUAACAUUCAUGCUUCUGCAGCAGUGUAUUUAAGAGAACCUGCUGUCCAAUUUACUUUGGUGGCACAUGACUCUAGAUAUUUUUUUUGUAGUGGUGUGAUAUGUACCAUCACAGUUUUGACUGUAAAACCCUACUGUGCUUGCUCUGGCAUGAAUAUGUGUUAAUGAAAUAGAUACCACAACGGAUUAGCUUUACAUUUGUGAAAGAAAAUACACAUGAGAACACUUGCAACAUAAAUAUAUAUGUAUAAGGGAAACCUUUUUUUUUUUUUUGUGGAGAUAAAACCAUACGGUAUGAGAUUUGGAAAACACAUCUUAUGAAACAAGCGUACUUGAACUUAAGACAUUUAUGUUAAUAAGGGACUCUGUAUUUUGUGGUUGAUGGGAUGUCAGUCUCCCGUUAAUAUGGACAUUGAGGGCCUCCAUUCAGUGGUGAAAAAAUUUGGAAGGUGCAGCUUAUGAACAUGAUAUCUGCUUUUCAGUGGGAUGGGGAAAUGAAAGGCAAAGAAUAUUAAACAAAGAACCAGAGGACACUGGAUUCAUGAACAGUAUGCUGCCAUUUCACCAUCAUAUAUGUAGCCAAAGUCAACAAAAGUGAACUGGAGGAUCAAGAGUAAUUUUUUUUCUUUUUAAGGGGAGAUGCAAUGCUCAGUAGUCUAAUGUAGUCUUUAAUAUUUAAAUAUCACUUUACCUUUUUCUAAUGAACAUUUUUACGUCCUUGCUAAACGUUUGGGCAAUCUGUCAUGUUACCAGAUAUGACUACAUCUGCCUGAGGAAUCGCACGCAGUUGUAGAAAGGGGACUUUGAACGAAGCAUAUGCCUUUAUCCUGCAAGCUUAGUCUGAAUUCUGAAGAUUGUGUUAAUUAUUCUCUUAGGUUGCUACGUACGCACGUUUUAUUGUAUGACAUAGCAAUGACAAAACGUUUCUGCAAAACCAGAAUGUUUGACUCCACUAUUCACAAAGACAUUGCAAUAUGAGCAAUGCUAAGCAUUCACACUCUGAGCUGUGUUUAUAAAGAAUAAUUCUAUUGAACAAUAUCAGGCCGUUUUGACCGUCCUGUCAGUUGGCCUGUGUCCUACAGUAUCACAAUUUAAAAAAAAAUAUACAGCCAAACUGUACUGACGCAAUGCAAGUGCAAAUCUUGCACACUGCGUCAUUUUAAAUGCCUCACCAUUUCAUCAUUUAGGUUUUUAAGAUGAUGAUCAAAUUAAAUGUUUACAUAACUUGAUUUGGUAGCUAACAGCGCCAAAUAGUUUUUUUGUUUAUUUUCUUAUUUGUUUUUUGCGCACCUUAUGUUUCCAGUAAAGAUUCACACAACGCCUAUAUAUUUAAACUUGUUCCAUACUGGAGAGGCUAACAAUGCCGCACUACUAUUAGUGAAUAAAAAAAGGCCUCUCUGGUUGUGAAGGGUGUUAACUAUGCAGCAUACAGCCAUGCAGGCAGUUUACAGAAUUAAUAUAUUUGUAUGUAAAACGCUCAAUCCAUUCCAGAUACAAUUAGACCCAAGCACUCCAACCACUUCACACAAUAUCUGCUUUUAUUUCAAAAGAGCAAAAAAGUCAAUUGUGACAGACCACACUAUACUCUCAGUUACUGAUCAACAUGCAGCAACUCUCAUAAGGACAAAACAAUGCCAACAGUCAUUUAUCUUUGCCAGGCAUUAUUCAUAUUUCUUACUUAGUUCUUUAAUGGUAUUUGUCCACAUCAGAGGUGAGCUUCACGCAAUCCUCCAGCUGUUGUAAAAAACAAAACAUGGUUUGUGGCAAAGGAUUGUGGGAAUUAUUGGUGAACUACAGUUAGAGAGAUGCAUGGAAUGUCUGUUCCUGCUGGCCAUGUGUAAGAGUAAAUAUUAGAAGUAGAGCUAGAAUAUGGUACAUUAAAAACCAGGGAAAAUAAUAGCACUGUUAUUGAAAGUAAUCUGUAAGCAUGCAUGUCUCAAGGGCUUUUUGUAUUAUGGACUGCAUUAGACUUUUUCCCACUGUCACCUUAAAAAACGUGCAUAUGAAUGUAAUAGUCACGUAAAAGAAUGCAGUUUCUUUCUAAAAACAAUUAAAUGGUUCCGUUUCAGAAUAUCAAAUAUUAGUAAGAACAAGAUAAAAAUUGUGUACAAAACAUGAGCCAUACUUAUUCUUGACAAGAAAACUAGCAUUAAAGGAUCCUACAUCAAAAUGGAAUGUCAUGCCAAUUUAAAGGUAGCAGGUUAGUAUAUUGCUGCUAAUGUUAGACACUGUAGUCACUAUAAUCAUUUAAUCACUGCAUUGCUUAGUCCCUGGAGUCUCCUGGCAGUGUUCCUCCAUUCCGAGUUAAACCAUUUUCGAGCAGUUUAACACUGAAUGAAGGUCUCUGGCUACCCAAAGCACAUCCCCUACUGGAGGUAUGGCUAAGGCAGAUAUUACACACUUCCUUGUAGUCAUACCAAUUCAUGAUAGCAAUGGGCACUCUAAUAGGCUAAACAUCAGCUGACAUUCAGGCAAUUACAGCUGUCUGUUGCUUCUCAGGCUAAUACUUCAUCGUUAGCCCAAGCAGCACAGAGUGGAUGGGCAGCCGGGGACUCUCGUUGAGCAUAAAAACAUUAAAAACCGUUUAACGCUAAAUGAAAGGACGGCACCAGGACACUCCAGACACUAUAACCAGUUCAAUGAAAUAAAGCAGAUACAGUGCCUACAGUGUCCCUUUAAAUAAGCGGAUCAUUCCAUACUGGGAUAGGGUUUUUAGGGAUCAGACAGUUAGGACUGCAUUGAAUAUGAAUCAGUCCUUAAGGGGUUAUAUAUUUAUGAUGACACAUUAGCUAGAAUUAACAUCAUAGUGUGAACAUAACUUUGUCUGUUAAUUUUGGAUACCAGUUAAAGGAUAUAGAAAUUAUAGAAGUGUUUUGAGGUACAGCACAUCAGGCACCUUUAAUUUAUACACACACAACGAGCAUUUCACACACAAACACGCAGUGCAAUGACUUUAGUCAAUACAAUGACUGUUCCAAACAUAUACUACAUUACAAAUAUACUAUGAAAUAAGGAAUUUCAGGAAACAAACAAACAUUACACACUUUCUACCUCUGUUUCAGUUUUUUGAAACACCUAAUUAUUCCGAAUUGCAGAAUAAUUCUUCCAUUGAAAAUAUCUAGUAUGAAAAUACUAAAGAAAAAAAAAUACAAAAGAAAAAAAAACAACCAAAAAAAAAAGAAAA